AUGACAGUAGAUGACGCGGCGAGACAACAUAAAAAACCUAAUGGCAACCGCGAAUUAGCUUAUAAAUGUUUUGAAGCACGCAGAUUAGGAGUUCAAAAGGAUUUAAAAGAAGCUGCUUUAUAUUGCCAAGUUGUUGGUAUGUUUAAUGCAGCUACUUUAUAUAUCACCGGUGUUACUGGUGAAAAGAUACAGAAUUUGAUCCAAUUAUUAACUCGAUUUGAUAAAUUUAAUUGGUGGGUAAGAGUUCUUGAACAUUUUACUUUAGAAUUGGAAGAUGGAUGGCCGAGGUUGGAUCAUGAAUUUUUAAAGGAGUUUGCGAACGAUUUACCAUCUUCAUUAAAUUAUUUGGGCCUUAAUUUUUCUAUCAUUCCUGAUCAAUUAAGUUUCUUUCUUCGAGAAUGUGCUAAUGUUCCAUUACACACGUUUGAAUUGAUGCAUUUUCAUCGAGACGAUUUGGAUUACUUAAUGGUCGUCGUUGGUCAUUUUAAAGAAUUUUAA